ACCGAAAUCCCCCAUAUUCACGCCUUAUAAAAUCGAUCAUUUAUAAAUUACUCACGAUCCGUUUGUUCUAAAAUUUGUAUAAUUUGUUUAUGGGGUAAUUUCAAGUUAUGUUAUAAAUUAAAUAUUUAAUAUAAGCAAUAUUUAACAAAUUCGCAAAUGCGAAUCAAUACACAUUUCUUACCAAGAUGGACGACCGUUGAAAUUAAAUCGGGAGGAGUGCUACAAAGAGAGCUCCGGGAUUCUUUGACUCAAAAGACUUUGUACCUGGAUCAAUAACUAUGUAGCGAUUUGUUUCACCAUGCCCGAUUGUCAUGCCUUGACAUCGGUGAAUUGUUGUACCCCAGGCAAGCCUUAAAGGACAAUGGCUUCACAAUCGGAGUCGGUUGAUAAACGAUGUCCAUCUUGCACAGAACCAGUACAGUCCAAGUGGAAAUGCUGUCCUUUUUGUUUGACCAGACUUGAAUGCCCAUCACGCUUAGCAACGACCCUCGUCAACUUGCCAAAGAGUCCUUAUUCCAACACAGAUGUAAACGAAAUCGAUCUUCAGCAUAUUAAAAAUAAAGCCAUUGAGCCUGAUUGUGUGCAGGGUCCAACGCAGGAUGUAGGUAUUGCCGUUGUGUCUGAUUGUGUGGAAAAUCCAAAACAGAAUGCAGAGAAUGCCAAUAUGCCUGAUUGUGUGGAUGAUCCAACGCAGGAUGCAAGUUACGCCGUAGGAUCUGAUAGUAUUGAAAAUCCUAUACACGAUGCAGAUGAUGACAUAGGGUCUGAUAAUCUGGAAAUUACUACGGAAGCGUAUUUACGAGAUUUUAAAGAAGCUGUACGGAAAGGUGGAGUCGCAAAUCUUAGUGAUUUUAUCACCGACGAUUUAAAUAAGUGGAGAGAAUGUCAAAUAAAUAUAGCCGUGACAGGAGAAUCUGGGACGGGAAAAUCCUCCUUCAUCAAUGCGAUAAGAGGGCUUCGGCAAGGCGAUGCAUGUUACGCACAGACUGGAACCAGCGAGACAACAAUAGCCAUUAAGCAGUAUCAACACCCUGAACAUCAUAACCUUGUGUUUUGGGAUCUUCCUGGAGUUGGAACUCCACAAUUCCCAAAUGAAUCUUAUUUGAGCGUCAUUGAUGUUAAAAAUACGACUUUUUUAUUCUGGUCUCGGCGACCCGAUUUAAAGCAAACGACGCAUGGUUAGCUAAUGAGAUUCGUCAACUCGAAAAGAAGUUUUAUUUUGUAAAGUCUAAAAUAGAUUUUGAUGUCGAAAACGAUUUGAAGGAUUCUGAUGGCAGGUUAACAAAAGCAGAUAUCAUAAGUAAUCUGCGACAGAAUACAACUACAGAGCUAUUGAAGACUUGCGAAGCACUCCCUAAAGUUUUUCUUGUCAAUAACAGAAACAUUCGUGAGUAUGAUUUCAACGAUCUUAUGAAACAGCUCAUAAUCGACAUACCAGUUGUUAAAAGGGAAACACUGGUAAUGUCCAUGUCAUCUUUAGCAAGGACAAUCAUGGAUGAAAAGCGAAAAUUGCUGCAAAAGCGAGUGUUGAAGACAGCUAUUUUAUCAUCAAUUACAUUUAAAGACUCUAUGCCGGGGACCUCAGUCAGAAGGGAUAUGUUGCUGUUUGAAGUUGAUUUUUAUGAACAACAGUUUGGAACUGAUGACAACUCAUUAAAGAUAAUUGCAGACAAGAUGAAAACAACCUUUAAUGACUUAAAAAAACUUAAUAUUCGCUCUACAUCGAGUGUUUGCUCUAUUUAUAAUUUCAAUAGUGUGUCUGGGGAUUUUAAACGAUGUGGUGGAAGAAUAACUGGACCAGUAAUAUCAUUUGUUACAACCAUAGGGGCUAUUGCAUUCUCCGUAAAAUUUCAGGUUCAAAUGAUUAACAUUUGUUAUGACGAGGCUUUGAGAAUCAUUGCUGCGCAGCAAAACAUUCUUAGCGGCAAACCGAUGUAAACGCAAAAAUAGAGAAAAAAAUGCACACAAUAAAAGCUGUAUAUUAAGCUUUCCCACAAGGUAGCUGAUCUGUGUCAGAACAUUGAUGUUAUACUUAUUUAUUAAUGGGUCUAUUAUGUUGUUAUGGCGCUAAUUUUUAUCACGAGUUGAAGUUGAACAAUUUUAUUAUUUUGCGUCAUUAUCGGAUACAUCAUUAGAUAUGCAUAUAAUAUGCUACUCUAAACGUUAUUCAAUUUGUCAUACACAUUUACAUUAUUGUCUGUUCGUGGAUAUCUUCUUUAUAUGUAAAAUAGCUUGAUUUCAUGUCCAAUCCAAUAGUUUCUCCAUAAAUUUACGCUGAUAUUCUAGCGAACACACUUAGCUUAAUUGAAUCAAUAAAAGCGGUCCUUAAUCCCCGCGACCAGGCAGGAGUAUUCAUUCGUUUGUCCUGUGUACGUCCGUCUGUUUGUCUGUAAUAUUUUCGCUUCUUUGUCCAAUACCCUUUUAAGGAGUGUCAUAAAACUUGACUCAAAAGUAAAGGUUAUUGUGCAAAAAGACGUGGUCCAAUCUCGCCAUCAAAGCCACACUUGAAGGCUGAAUAUUUAGCCUUAUGUCAUGUUUUUAUAUACUGUCCCAUAUACAGGACAAUUAUAAAAUUUGCUUCAAAUGUUUAUCAGAUUUAGACAACUUGCAAGGGGCAU